UCUUCAAAAUGGCGGCGUCCACAGACUUUUAUUUGCGGUAUUAUGUUGGUCACAAAGGCAAAUUUGGACACGAAUUUCUGGAAUUUGAAUUCCGUCCAGAUGGCAAGUUAAGGUAUGCCAACAAUUCAAACUACAAAAAUGACACAAUGAUCAGGAAAGAGGCGUUUGUUCACAAGUCUGUUAUGGAGGAACUGAAGAGAAUCAUUGAUGACUCUGAGGUCAUGCAAGAAGAUGACGGUCUGUGGCCACCUCCUGACAGGAUCGGCAGACAGGAACUGGAGAUUGUAAUUGGCGAUGAACACAUUUCAUUCACCACAUCUAAAAUUGGCUCACUCGUCGAUGUAAACCAGAGCAAAGACCCCGAGGGGUUGAGGACGUUCUACUACCUGGUCCAGGACCUGAAAUGCCUCGUCUUCUCACUGAUUGGGCUGCACUUUAAAAUAAAGCCCAUAUAACUGUGCACUAAGUUCAUUAUGGACUCAUUUCAUGUCUUAAAUUCCAUUUCAUUAUGAUUACUUUCAUUUCGGACAUAUUUCAUGUUUGUCACUUGUACAUGUAUAUUUUGUUCAUUCAUUUUGGACCAUAAUCAUGUUUGAGAUCUUUGUCAGAAAUGCUUUCAUCUAUAGACUGAAAUACACUGAAUGUACAUGUAGUCUUUAAUGUACAUGUCCAUGGAACUAAAGUCCUCAUUAUUCAGGAUCAUGUUGUCUGCUUAGCAUUAAAGAUUUGUUCAAAUAUUCUAUACUUGUAUUUUUAUAUACAUGUACAUACAAAUAGGAACAAGCAUUUUUUUUUAAGAAGAUGAAAAUUAUAUCAUAGUUGUUUUCUUAUUAGAAUAUAUGUGUUUUUGUCUAGUUAGCUGAUCACUAGAAAAGUAUACCGUGAAAAGUCUUACAGUGAGAAAAUUGAAGUGUUAAGUUAAAAAGUAAACCAUUGACAGCGUGGAGGUCUGGAAGAAAAAAAUAAAACUAUUUAGUAGAAAAGUAUACGGUGAAGGUCUUGCAGUAACUACAUGGACAUAUUAGAAGAGAUAUUAAAGACUAAUUCUUUAAAUAAGACUUUUAAGAAAGGUGUGUAUUUUCAUGAUUAUGAUAAAUAAAACAAAUAAACACUA